AUCAGCAAUAUACAUAUUUUUACAACUCACAAAAAACAAAAACAAAAAAAAUAAAUCUAAAACAGAGGAAGACGUCGUCGAAGGUAUAGAAACCUAAAUUUUGGUGGGGGAUAGUGCUCUGUUUCCGCCAUGGAAGACGUCUGCGAAGGAAAGGACUUCUCUUUCCCACGGGAAGAAGAAAAAGUUCUCUCCUUUUGGACUCAAAUCGAUGCUUUCAAGACACAGCUCCAACGAACAGAGGAUUGCGAAGAGUACGUCUUCUACGACGGUCCUCCUUUCGCCACCGGUCUUCCUCACUACGGACACAUACUCGCCGGUACGAUUAAGGACAUCGUGACUCGGUACCAGUCCAUGAACGGCAAACACGUCACGCGGCGGUUCGGUUGGGACUGUCAUGGUCUCCCUGUAGAGAACGAGAUUGAUCGUAAGUUGAACAUUAAGAGGAGAGACCAAGUGCUUGAGAUGGGUAUUGAUAAGUAUAAUGAGGAGUGUAGGAGUAUUGUGACGCGUUAUGUUGAGGAGUGGGAGAAGGUUAUCACAAGGACUGGUCGUUGGAUUGAUUUUAGUAAUGACUAUAAGACUAUGGACUUGUCGUUUAUGGAGAGUGUUUGGUGGGGUUUUGCUCAGCUUUAUAAAAAGGGGCUUGUCUAUAAAGACUUCAAGGUUAUGCCUUAUAGUACUGGUUGUAAGACACCUCUAUCUAAUUUUGAAGCUGGUCAGAACUAUAAGGAUGUGGUUGAUCCAGAAAUCAUGGUUACAUUCCCAGUGAUUGGGGAUGAAGAUAAUGCGGCUUUUGUGGCAUGGACUACUACUCCAUGGACUCUUCCAAGCAAUCUUGCUUUGUGUGUCAAUGCAAAGUUUGUCUAUCUCAAGGUUCGUAACAACAACAAUGGAAAAGUCUAUGUGGUUGCUGAAUCUCGGUUGUCAUCUCUUCCCAGUGAUAAGCCUAAGGCUGCUGGUGAUACCAAGAAGGCUAAAGGUGCUAAGCCUGACAGUGCAGAGGAUUCUUAUCAAGUUUUGGAAAAAUUUGAUGGAGCUUCCCUGGUUGGGAAGAAGUACGAACCUUUGUUUGAUUAUUUUAACGAUUUCUCUAGUGUGGCCUUUCGAGUAGUAGCAGAUGAUUAUGUCACUGAUGACUGUGGUACUGGUAUUGUCCAUUGUGCUCCUGCCUUUGGUGAAGAUGACCACCGUGUUUGUCUUGACAACAAGAUAAUUAAGAAGGGGGAGAAUCUAGUUGUGGUUGUUGAUGAUGAUGGGUCGUUUACUGAGAGAAUCACCCUCUCUAGUGGCCGUUAUGUCAAAGAUGCAGACAAUUAUAUAAUUAAAGCCGUGAAGGACAAAGGCAGGCUUGUUAAAUCAGGAAGAUUUACUCACUCAUAUCCAUUUUGUUGGCGAUCAGACACCCCUCUCAUAUAUAGAGCAGUUCCGAGUUGGUUUGUUAAGGUGAAGCAGUUGAAAGAAAAAUUGUUAGAAAACAUUGACGACGAAAAAACAAAAUGGGUACCUAAAUAUGUGAAGGAAAAACGUUUUCAGAAUUGGCUUGAAAAUGCAAGGGAUUGGGCAGUUAGCCGAAGUAGGUAUUGGGGAACGCCUCUUCCGAUAUGGAUCAGUGAUGAUGGGAAGGAAACGGAGGUCAUGGAUUCAGUUGAGAAGCUUGAAAAGCUCUCUGGUGUCAAGGUCUUUGAUCUGCAUCGUCACCAUGUUGAUCAAAUUACAAUCCCGUCAACUCGCGGUCCUGAGUUUGGUGUGCUCCGUCGUGUAGAAGACGUUUUUGAUUGUUGGUUUGAGAGUGGUUCAAUGCCUUAUGCAUAUAUCCAUUAUCCAUUUGAAAACAAGGAGCUAUUUGAGAAGAACUUUCCUGGUGAUUUUGUUGCCGAAGGGCUCGAUCAAACUCGUGGAUGGUUUUAUACUCUUAUGGUGUUGUCUACAGCAUUAUUUGAUAAACCAGCUUUUAAAAAUCUGAUCUGCAAUGGUCUCGUGCUUGCUGAGGAUGGCAAAAAAAUGUCUAAGAAAUUACAGAAUUAUCCACCACCUUUGGAUAUCAUAAAUGAGUACGGGGCUGAUGCUGUGCGAUUGUACCUGAUCAAGUCUCCGGCUGUACGUGCUGAGCCACUGCGCUUCAAGAAAGAAGGAGUACAUGGUGUUGUCAAAGAUGUACUCCUUCCAUGGUACAAUGCAUACCGGUUCCUUAUUCAGAAUGUAAAGAGACUUGAGACUGAAAUUUCUGGGCCUUUUGUUCCUAUUAAUCUGGCAACUUUACAGUCAUCAAACGUUCUCGAUCAGUGGAUUCACUCAGCCACACAAAGUCUAAUCAAUUCUGUCCACAAGGAGAUGGAUGCAUAUGAGCUUGACAAUGUGGUUACUGAACUCGUGGAGUUCCUUGAAGAUCUCACUAACAUAUAUGUUAGAUUCAACCGCAAGAGGUUAAAAGGCCGUACAAGGAAAGAUGAUUGUCACACUGCUCUUUCAACUCUAUAUAAUGUACUUCUUACUUCUUGCAAAGUGAUGGCUCCUUUUACACCGUUCUUCACUGAGACAUUAUACCAAAAUCUGCGGAAAGUGUGUGAAGGUUCUGAGGAAAGCAUUCACUACUGCAGGUUUCCACAAAAGGAAGAAGCUAGAGAGGGGGAGAGGAUUGAGAAAAGUGUUACAGAGAUGAAGAAAAUCAUUGAACUUGCUCGGAAGAUUCGUAAUCGUAAGAGUGAUAAGCGUCAAGAACAACUACCCUUGAAAACUCCUCUAAAGGAAAUGAUUGUAGUCCAUCCAGAUAAAGAAUUCUUGAAUGACAUAACUGGAAAACUAAAACAGUAUGUCUUGGACGAAGUUAAUGUAAGAUCUCUUGUCCCAUGCAAUGAUACUUCGAAAUAUGCAUCACAAAAAGCAGAACCAAAGUACAGUGUGUUGGGAGAGCGACUUGGAAAAUCUAUGGGGCUUGUUGCAAAGGAAGUUAGAAAAAUGUCUCACCAAGAUAUCUUAAGAUUUAAGGUUACUAAGGAAGUUACUAUUGCUGGACACUCGCUCAAGAUAGAGGAUAUUAAGACUUUCAGUGAGUUCAAACGCCCAGAUGGUUUCAAAGAUACAGAGAUUGAUGCAGCUGGAGAAGGUGAUGUUUUGGUGAUUCUGGAUCUACGAGAAGAUGAAUCUUUGAAAACUGAAGGUGUUGCUCGUGAGAUUGUCAAUAGGAUCCAGAAACUACGGAAAAAGUCAUGUCUGGAACCAACAGACUUUGUUGAAGUGUACUUUGAAUCGUUAGAUAUGGAUGAAUCUGUUGUGCAACAAGUUCUAUAUUCUCAGGAACAAUACAUUAGGGAAAAAAUUGGCUCCCCUUUGCUUAUGUCUACUUUGAUGCCACCAGAUGUAGUCAUUGUAUCUGAUGAGAAUUUUGAAUUGAAAGAAUCUAAAUUGUCAUUUAAUAUAAGUUUGGCUAGACCAUCUUUAAAGUUCAAUGAAGAAGCUAUUCUCGCUUUGUACUCAGGGAAUGAAAAAUUUGCAACCAGGCUCCAGAAUUACUUGAGGGCUUAUUCAAAUUUUAAGUCAGAGAUCCAAACUGGAGAUGGGAAGAUAACUGUAAGCUGCAUUGAAAACCAACCUCCUGUGACUGUGGUUCUAGGAGAACAUUUGCAUUUGACAGUGGGCGACUACUUGUUGAGCAAGAAGAAUGCAUAAGAGCCUUUUUAAGUUGUUUUAUUUCUAGAUUGUUGCAAGAAGUUAAUUAUGUGUGUUUGAGACUUUGUACUCUUUCUAUUUGUACAAUACUAGACUUUUGAAGAUGGUAGGACAGAUAGGUACGUCCAGUGACUAAAUCUGAA